AUGAAGCUGGUGAUGGGGGUGGAUUUGGAGACGGAGGUGGAGCUGUCGCCGGCUGCCAAGUCGGAGGUGGCCGUGUUUAGCCCCUACUCCAGCCCGAGCACCGCCUUAUUGCUGCAGAGGAGAGUUGUGGCAUGGUCCAAGGAGACCGGGUCUCCGGCGACGGUCCGCGUGCGCCUCGGUGACAGAAGCUUCGACCUGCACAAGGAUCCUCUGGUGUCCAAGUGCAAGUAUUUCAGCGAGGCGUCGGCGUCGCUCCAGUCCGGUGACGACGAUGUCGAGCUGCCGGCCAGCUUCCCGGGGGUCAGCGAGGCGUUCGAGGCGAUCGCGCUCUUCUGCUACGGCGACGCCGUGGCGCUGGACCCCUUCAACGUGGCGGCGGUGCGGUGCGCGGCGGAGUUCCUGGGCGUGGCCGGCCUCGGCGCGCGCUGCGACCUGUACAUCAACCAGGUGGUGCUGCAGAGCUGGGACGACGCGCUCAUCGUCCUGCAGCGGUGCCAGCCCCUGCUCCCGGUCGCCGAGGAGCUCCUCAUCGUCAGCCGCUGCGUCGAGUCGCUGGCGUUCAUGGCGUGCAUGGAGAUCCUCGACCCGGAGGAGCAGCGGCGGGACCUGCAGCCCGGCGCCGGCGCCGCGACGCGCGCGCUGGUCGGACGCCGCUGGGACGCCGAGCUCGUCAAGGAGCUCGCCGCGCGCGACCUCUGGAUCAAGGACCUGAUCGCGCUCCCGUUCGACUUCUUCCAGCGGAUCGUGCAGGCGCUGCGGCGGCAGGGCAUGAAGGAGAAGUACGUCAGCCCCGUCGUGCUCUUCUACGCCAACAAGUGGGUGCUCUCCAAGAAGACGCACAAGUUCUGGGCCUCCACGGACGAGGCCGUCGACGGCGAGACCGACGCCAACAGGAGGGCCGCUGCGAUCCUGGAGGGCGUCAUCGGGCUGCUCCCGGCCGAGUCGGCGGCAGUGGCUGCGGGCGGCGCCAUCCCUGUGGCGUUCUACUUCGCUCUGCUGUCGCGAUCGCUAACCCUGGAGCUGAGCGACGAAAGCCGGACAAAACUGCGAGAACAAGUCGCGUCGAAUCUGCAAUUCGCUCGCGUGGACGACCUGCCGCUGCCGGAGGAAGAAGCCGACCGGUCCAUCGCAGAUAGCAGGGAGGUGAGGGAAAUGGAGAGCAUCGUGUCAAACCAUGCCGCCUCCGUGCAAAGGAAAGGCGCGGAGGCCGUCUCCGAGCUGUGGGAUCGGUACCUCGUGCAGUUCGCUGGCGAUCCGAAGCUCCGGCCUGAAAGGCUAGCUGAGCUGAUCGGAGUCAUUCCGGCCGGCGACCGGAAGACGCACAACCACUUGUAUGAAGCAAUCAACACAUAUUUAGUGGUAAGACAGGUGUUCAAUGCUCGAUCGAUCAUGCCCACGACUGUGACGUGUUUGAAUUUUUUUGCUGACAAAGAAGAGGAUGCCAAUUUUGCCAUGCUGCAGGAGCAUCGGGGUUUGUCCGGGGAGGAGAAGGCGACGCUGUGCAGCCACCUGGAUUGCCGGAAGCUGUCACACGAGGCGUGCAUCCAGGCCGUGCAGAACGAGCGGAUGCCGCUCCGGCUAAUCGUGCAGGCGCUGUUCGUGCAGCAGCUGCACACGCACCGCGCCUUCACGGAGUGCUCCGACUCGUUCCGGUGCAUGCACUCCAGGGAGCUCGUCCCGGGCGCCGGCGGGUACACGCCGAGCCCCGGGUGCCCCGCCAUCCCCACCAGCCAGCCCCUCAGCAGCAGCAGCCCGUACGAUAGCCACCGCGGCCCGCGCGACGCGAAGCUCCGCGCCCGCGACGACGCGUCGGACUACGAGACGGCCAGCUUCCGGAUCCAGGCGCUGGAGCAGGAGAUCAUCUCGCUGAAGCAGACCCUGCAGCGGCACAACACUCUCACGGGCUCGGCCUCGGCUCGCAGGGAGAGGGAGGGCAAGGAGCCGAGCUUCAGGGUCGCUGCGGACGCGGGCACGCCGGCGAUCAUCAAACGCCGAGCCACGGUCUCCGGCAGCUGCAUCGGCUCCAUGCGCUGGGGUUCGCAGCGCCGGUGCGCGAGCAGGAUCCUGCGCGUCUUCGCGAGGAUAGCCGUGUUCGGGAGGGGUAGGUCGAGGGGGAAGCAGAGCAAGUGCAGCGCAGCAACAGAGCAGCCGAAUUGCAUGUAG